AAGGUCACAUUUACAUCCCUCAAUCCACCUAUAGAUAUAUAUGAGUGUGUAGCUCUUCUCAUCCUUCCAACCUCUCUAGCUUCUCUAGAUUAGGUAUAAACUCAAUGUUUUGACCUCACAGGCACCUUUUUGGUCAGUAUAAAGAAGGAUAGAGUGAAUGCAUCUGAUAUUGGUGGAAAUCAUGAGUGAUCUUAUUUUUGCAAAUUUACGACGAAAUCAUGCUGAUUUUCGCUUACGUAUAGGAAUAGUUGUAGAAGCUUUUUUCUGUAAUUUAGCGUUAUGAUUUGACGAUAAAUUUACAAAGUUAAUUAUUUUUCUCAGUUUUUUACAAAAAGUUUGGAUUACAACUUGUGAUUAAUCACAAUCUUUUGAUUUUCUGUCUGUGAAACAUUUACUUCUAUUAAUUUGUACUAUUAAUAGUUACCAAAAAGAAAUUUUCGCCAACUACAGAAUGAGACUAACCAUAGACGAGUAGUGUGACAUGAGAGAGGUAGAAAAUCGUAAAUAAAUAGUGCGGACGCCGUUAUCGGUGUACGCCUUAAUAUAAAAUCGAUCUCGAAUAAAAAUAUUAAUUUUUGUUUUAAUGUACAAUAAAACAGAAUUCAAACUAGCCAAUCUGUACGCUAGUUCCAUUAAACGCUUGAAUUAACGACUUCAUUAUCUGUUACUUGUUUAGAUGCUCCGCGAUGAAAAGAACGUGUUAAACGAAGAAAUAUAUAUAACUGAAUUAAACAAACGUUAUAAACUUGUUCAUGUGAAUCUUAUGUACUUACUUGAUUAUCAGUUAGAUGAUUGUAUUUCUACUAAAUAUGCAGAUAUAUCAAAUAUGGUUUAUACGGUUUAUCAUGUUAAAUAUGAAGCGUAUCAAGUUAAAGCGGUGGUAAAUACAUUAAAAAGCCAUAAGGCGGAUGGAGAUAAACCAGAUUUAUUUCCUUUGGUUGAUCUAAAGAAAUUGAUUAGUGAUUAUUGCAGCAAUCCUUACUAUGACACAGAAGCAUCAUUACACACGGUUAAGCCAUUUAAUGACUUCAUAACAAUGGAGUUACAAAAAAAACAUGGUCAUGAUGGUGCAGAAGUACAAAACCAGAAGUUGCUGAAUCGUAAACGGUUUCAAGAAGCAUGGAUGAUAUAUAUGACUGCAUUAUUCGAAUUUUUUAUAUCGACAGAAAAGCCAGUUAAAUUUGAAAUUCCUUUUAACAUCAGUGAUAAAGAUGGACGUAAUGAUUAUUUUGAUAGAAAGUUUGAAAAUUGGCAGCAAAAAUUUACAAUAUUUUGGACGGCUCAUAAAACAUGGCACAACUGCGGAGCAGAGUGCUCAAUUUGUUUGGUUUUGGAUGGUUUUCAAAAGUGUGACAUAAUUAUCUGUAAAUGGAUUAAUGAAAUAACAUGGUCAGAAGAGUUAGGCGAAAUAACAUGGGGGUGUGGACACCGUCCGAAAGACGAACCACAUCCGCAAGGUCAUAAAUACUGGGUAACUAAACAAUCAUGA